AUGGGUAAAACAACAGAAAAAACGAAGUAUUCCGAUUUGCUGACUACUUUAAUAGCCCAAGAUAUUUUAACAAGUUCGUCUUCACAACCAAUCUACCUAUCGUCGGUUGAAGUAAUCGGUGGAGAAACUUUUUCAAGUGACUUUUUCAAGAAGUUAUUGGGCCCAUUGGUUGAAACAAGUGAUUACACGUUAAACCAAUUGGUUGAAAAUAUUACGGUUUCACGCGACAGAUUGGUUAAAGCAGAUGUUUUUAAAAGUAUUGGUGUUUCUUUACAUUCGGAUUAUUCAGCCUCAAUCCCGCGUGUCCUUAAAUAUAAUAAGGACCAGCUGAUUCCUACGAAGGUGAUUUUUGAUGUAGAGGCUUCCAACUUGAAUGCAGGUGAUGGUUUUUUGAAUUUAAAUAAUGGCGAUAAUUUGAAUGUCAAUUUGAACUAUUUAAAUAACAAUUUCAAUGAAAAUGCCGAAUCUGUCAACUUUGGAGUUAAUUAUAAUCCAUAUAAACCAAAUCAACAUUUAAUAGCAAAUGCUAAAUUUUUGGCUAAUUUAAACGAUCCAUCGUUGAAAUUUUUAUUUGAUUUAUUUAACACCCACCAGAAUAAUCAAACAUGGCAACAAGCAUCGGAAAAAACAACAGGUGGAUUGAUUGGUUUACAAUAUACUAAUAGAAUUAAGAACUUGUACCUUUUGACAGGUCUUUCAUUAGCUAAAAGGACCAUUCACGAUAUCAGAGAUGGUGCACCAGACGAAUUAAAAUACUUCUCAGGAGACUACUUAAAGUCCUCAAUUGUGAAUCAAUUGGUGUAUUCAAAUGUAUCGUUCUUGAAUAAUAUUACUAAGAAUUUUCCAAUUAGUGGUUAUAAUGUAACACUUUCAAGUGAAAUUUCUUCUAAUCAAGAACAAGAUAAUAUCGAGCAUCAAACAGGAUUUGGUAAAUCUACAAUUUCCACUAAUUUAUUUACGUCAUUCGCCAAUAACAAUUUCACUGCUCAUUUAUUUAAUGAUUUUGGUGGUAUUUAUUCUCCAUCUUCGAACUCUGUUCAUGUUUCCGAUAGAUUCUACUUAGGUGGAUUUAAUUCAUUUAGAGGUUUUAGCAAGAAUAGUAUAAAUACUUCAGGUGGCUCUCAAUUUUUCAGGUUGGGACUUACUUUAUAUGCUAAAGUUCCUUCAUUUAUUUAUUCAACUCACAAAAAUGCUGCUGCAAAUAUCCCUUCAUUAGAGGAUGGUAUAGGUUACGAAGCAAAUCCAUUGAGAUUAUAUACCACUGGAUCAGUUGGAAAUGUAAGUAAUAACAUUCUUCUGGAUAAAAGUGUUGCUUCGAGUAUUGGAUGUGGUCUUAAAUAUAUCAAUCAUUGGGCUAAUUUUGAUAUUGGCUAUUAUUUAGCUCAGAGACAUGAUUCUGACAGCUCGAUUGGAAUUAAGGAUGGUUUCCAGUUUUCGGUUUCUAUUGGUGGAUCAAAUCGUAAUGUUUAA